AUGAACACCUUUCGCCUUCUCCUCGUCGCCGUCCUAGUGAUGGGUGGGACCGCCUACCGGAAGCUCAAUAUUCCGGAUUAUGUGGUCCCUGGAACAUGUCCUGCAAUCAAUGAGAAACAGCUCUGGGAAAUGCAAAAGCCCAGACUUUUCCAGAUGGGAGGGAUAUGGUACCAGAUUGCUAACACUCCUAUGGAAUUUCAGCCCAUCGAUAAAUGUUUGCAGGUCAAAUACACCUGGGACGGAGAGGGCUUUACCACGGCUGCCAUGGGUCUCUCGAGAGAUGGGGUCACCAUGAAGAACGAAGGAAGGCUGUAUCCUAUGCCUUACAACGAGCCACGACUAGAGAUCACUGCGGAGCAUUCCAUUCCAGCGCCGCUGGUCAUCCUGGACACCGACUUCUACAACUACGCCUGCCUCUACUCCUGCAUGGAAAUGGGUGGGAGGUACAUAACCGACAUGGGCUUCGUCUACUCUCGCAAGCCGCAACUGCACCAGGCCUACCAGGGGAUUUGCGACGAGGCCUUCAGGAAGGCUGGUGUGGACCUCAAGCGGUUCGUCAAGACCUACCAAGGAGACACUUGUACAUAUCCAGAAGGACGAGUUGAUGGACAGCUGUCGUGGGCUUAAAAUGAAAGCGGACAUGGCGCUCUCUGAUUUCCAUGAGUUUAUUUGUCCAUCUACCAGCAAGAUUCUGUGAAAAUUAACAAACGAAUGUUUCAGGAGAUUAACUGGGUAUGAAUUCGAGUCUGAAUCUAGAUCCAGUAAAUCUUUUUGAUGACUUCGUUCAUUGUUAUUGUCACAGAUGUGCAUUUAAUAGAAAACGGGAGUUUCCCUUUGCUGGUAAAAGAAGGCAAUUGAUGCAGAAUAAUGACGAGGGAUUGC